AACUGUGGAGAACGGGGUCAUAUGUCUUAUGAUUGCCCGAAGAAGGGAGAUAGGUGUAAGAAUUGUGGAAAGCUGGGCCACAAGACCGAAGCUUGCAGAGUAAAAGUGGUGUGUUUCAAUUGUGGUGAAGAAGGCCACAAGAGUCCGACUUGUAAGAAGCCCAAGAAGGUGAUGGGCAAGGUGUUUGCUUUGAGUGGAGAGGAUGCUAGCCAUGAGGACGAUCUCAUUAGAGGUACGUGUUUCAUCUAUAACACUCCUUUAAUUGCGAUUAUAGAUACGGGAGCGACACAUUCUUUUAUUUCUUUGGAUUGUGCGAAGCGUCUUAGUAUUCCUUUAACGGAUAUGACGGGUAGGAUGGAAAUAGAAACUCCUGCUAAUGGUUCAGUGAUUACCCGACAAGUAUGUCGUAAUUGCCCCGUAACCAUUUUUGGUAGGCACUUUGGUAUGGAUUUAGUGUGUAUUCCACUUAGUGGUAUGGAUGUAAUUUUUGGUAUGAAUUGGUUAAUCUUCAACCGAAUUCAUAUCAACUGUCGUGAGAAGGCCGUUGUUUUUCCGAAGCCGGAGGAGAACUUGCAUUUGAUGAGCGGGAAGGAAGUAUCGGAAGCGUUGAAAGAACAUGCCGAGAUGUUCAUGAUGUUUGCAUCAUUGAAACUCGAAGGAGGAGUUAAGAUAGAAGAGUUACCGAUCGUUUGUGAAUUCCCAGAUGUGUUUCCGGAUGAUAUAUCUGACGUGCCUCCAAAGCGAGAGGUAGAGUUUUCUAUCGACCUAGUACCUGGAACUAGUCCGAUAUCGAUGGCGCCGUAUCGAAUGUCAGCGUCUGAGUUGAAUGAUGUUUCGCCAUGGGGAGCGCCGGUAUUGCUUGUGAAGAAGAAAGAUGGAAGCAUGAGAUUAUGUAUAGACUAUCGUCAGUUGAACAAAGUGACGAUCAAGAAUAAAUAU